CUCCGCCGAUCUCUACAUUGGGAAAAAAAACAUGGAGUCAGCUCCGGCAGCCCCCGACCCCGCCGCCAGCGAGCCGGGCAGCAGCGGCUCGGAGGCGGCCCCCAGUUCCAGAGAGACCCCGCUGACCCAGGACGCGGGCCGCAAGAGCGAGGCGCCGGGCGCGGGUCGCAGGCAGAGCUACGCGAGCUCCAGCCGAGUUCUAGAGAAAUGGACAAAGGCGGAGAAAAGGCAGCCAGAUGUGAUCCUGAGCUUCCAGAAGCAGAGAGCCUCUAUCAUCCCCUAGGAGUCACGGCAGUCACGGACAGGAAAAAGCGAGUGGAUGUAAGCGGAUCUUGAGACACCCAGUCACAGAGGAACCACGUACGCUUCCUGGGCCUGAGACCUCUUCAAUCAACUGCAUCUCUUUUCAUUUUUCAUUUUUCAUUUUCCAGUUGGGAAACCUGAGGAUGCUGAAAAGGUCAUGAUCCAGUCUGUGCUCCACAGGGAUAGUGGUGUGCCUAGGAUAGUCUCUCUAAAAGUGUAGGGCAGCCGGGAGGAUGAUCUGCCCAUAACUCUCUGUUGUCCAGGUAAUGAAGUAUCGGGAAAAGCCAAGCCAGAUAAAUAAUUUGAUCAUCAAAAAUGAUUCCUCUGACGGUGCUUGGAGUGACUGGCUGAGGUGACAAGUAUGGAAUUGCUAAUUUAUAUUCCUUCACUCUGCUUCUCCCAAUUGGGGUGAGUGCACAUGGACAGGAUGUGAGAACCUCAGCGGUGUGCAGAACCCGAGCCCUUAACCCAGACAGUUGAUCAUGUCACAGUCUCAGAGGUGGGAGCGCUGGGAGUGACGGAUUCAGUGAGAUUUCUCAAGACCCCACAGAGCCACCGGGAGAAUGCAAGCCACGCUGAGAGACUUCCUGAACAUUCUCAAGUUUUCCUUCGGACCUGAGUGUGGGGCUGUACCUGAGGCAUAGAUGCGCACUCGCUUUCUGCAGCUACCCCUGUUUUGUUAGUCAAAAUAUUAUCGUGAGAAGGGUAUCCCUAGAGCUCUCUAGCCCAGCUCCUCCCUGACAGUCUCAACGGGGGUGAGGGUGGAAUUUGGGUGUUCUUAAGACAAGGAAGUUUAUGAUUUGUUCCAAAUGAAAAAUAACAUUGUUCCCCGCAGCCUACAGAGAACUGUAUCAUUUUUAUGUAAAAUGUUAUA